AGGAGCGCUGGAAAGGGGUGCAAUAAUUGAAACUCUUAGUAAAGAAUCCGGCACUUCUACAAAGUGUUUGUAUCGCAUAUAAAGGCGGUUGCAAAGUGUGUGGCUUGCAUUACAAUGCUGACCUGUGGCAUGCCUCGGGUUUUAUCAAUAACAAUAUUGAUAAGCCUUUAUAUUUUUGCAGCUGAGUGUAAGUUUGAGACUUUGGCGCAUCUCAAGCCGCAAGCAACCGACGACGCUCAAGCGAGGGCAGUGAGCGAUUUACUAAAGCGGCUGAUAGGCGCCAGGGCGAAUGAAUUUAUAAUUGUGGUCAACCGUUCUCUGGGAUUGGCGAACGGAGAUCUUGACACUUACGAGCUCCGGUCUGCGAGUAACCAGAUGAUUUCGGUAACGGGAAACACCGGCGUUACAGCGGCGACUGGCGUUUACAGCUAUCUGAAGUACUUCUGCAACUGUCACGUCUCUUGGUCGGGGGACCAGCUCAGAGUGCCUUCGCCGCUUCCCUCGAUCUCCGGGGUGCUGAAAAUGACCACUCCAAACAGGUUCCGGUACUAUCAGAAUGUGUGCACGCAGAGUUACUCCAUGGUGUGGUGGGACUGGGAACGCUGGGAGCGAGAGAUCGACUGGAUGGCCCUCAGUGGGAUCAAUCUGCCCUUGGCGUUCUCCGGCCAGGAAGCCAUCUGGCAGGAGGUGUACUUGUCCUUAGGGCUGAACCAGUCUGAUAUUGACUCUUUCUUUACGGGUCCUGCUUUCCUGGCAUGGGGGCGAAUGGGCAAUCUGCAUCGUUGGGGAGGUCCUCUGCCACAGUCCUGGCAUCUGAAACAACUCUACUUGCAGUACAAGAUCCUAGACAGGAUGAGAUCACUGGGAAUGAUCCCAGUUUUGCCAGCGUUUGCUGGGCAAGUCCCAGAAGCCAUUAGCAGGCUUUACCCCAAAGCUAACGUGACCAAGCUGGAUCCCUGGAGUCACUUUAACUGCAGCUACUCCUGCACCUACCUGUUGGACCCUAGGGACCCCCUGUUCCAGCGCAUUGGGACCCUGUUCUUGACCCAGCUGGUAGGGCAGUUCGGGACUGACCACGUGUACAGCGCGGACACCUUCAAUGAGAUGACCCCGGCCUCGUCCGAGCCCGCCUAUCUGUCCGCGAUCAGUGCGGCUGUCUUCUCUGCCAUGACCUCAGUUGACACCCAGGCAGUUUGGCUGAUGCAAGGCUGGCUGUUCGUUCACCAGCCAACUUUCUGGAGACCUCCGCAGAUCAAGGCCCUGCUUGGCGGCGUGCCCCUUGGCAGGAUGAUCGUCCUGGAUUUGUUCGCUGAAUCCUGUCCCGUUUACUCCUCUACCCAGUCCUUCUACGGGCAGCCCUUCAUCUGGUGCAUGCUCCACAACUUUGGCGGAAACAGCGGCCUUUUUGGGACAGUGGAGAGCAUCAACCGGGGGCCCUUUGAGGCCCUCAGCUUCCCCAACUCCACUAUGGUGGGAACCGGUUUGACCCCAGAAGGUAUUGAGCAGAAUCCGGUGGUGUACGAGCUCAUGAGCGAGCUGGCUUGGCGUCGAGAGCCCGUUAACCUCCAGAAGUGGGUCUCCCGGUACUCGGUUCGGAGAUACGGGAGCGGGGAUGAAAACGUGGCCACCGCUUGGAGUCUUCUCUUCCGCAGCGUUUACAACUGCACCAUUCCCUUGUACAAGAACCACAACCACAGCCCUCUGGUGCACAGGCCCUCCCUGAGGAUGAACACCGAGGUGUGGUACAACCGCAGCGACCUCUUCGAAGCCUGGAGGCUCAUGUAUACAGCGGCCAAGCCCUUGAUGUCUGUGGAGACCUUCAAGCAUGAUCUGGUUGACGUGACCAGAGAAGCCCUGCAGCUUGCGGUCUCUGAGUACUACCUGGAGAUCAGAAACGCUUUCCAGAACCACCGGCUGUCGGAGUUGUUGAGCGCUGGUGGGGUGUUGGUUUAUGACCUUCUUCCGGAGCUGGACAGACUGUUGUCCAGUGAGAGCCGUUUCCUACUGGGAGUCUGGCUAGAACGAGCGAGAUCUCUGGCCAUCGACGAGAGAGAAGCCAGCUUGUAUGAGAUGAACGCUCGCAAUCAGGUCACGCUGUGGGGUCCGGAAGGCAACAUCUUGGACUACGCCAGCAAAGAGUGGGGCGGUUUGAUCGGUGACUAUUACGCCCAGCGUUGGAGCCUGUUUGUGACCACGCUGGUGAAGUGUGUGGACAGGGGGAGCCCUUUUAAACAGGACGCCUUCAACCGAGAUGUCUUCAAAGUGGAAAAGGGCUUUGUUUAUAACCAGAGGAAGUACCCUUCUAUACCCAUAGGAGACACUUACGAGAUCGCCACCAGGGUAUUCCUCAAAUACUACCCACCGAUUAUGAAGAAACUCAGCAAAGCGUGAAAGUCAAGUCUGCUUGCUCCUCCAUCAUUUCUCUAGAGGAAUCCCCACUUCUUCCAAAACCUGUUUCCACGAUAACAGGACCCACUUUCUUUUCAAAUUAAAAAAACAUCUCUUUAAAAGUGUAAAUAAGAGAAACUGCCUUUUUAUGUGUGGACACUUUUGAAACCUGUAAUUGCAGGUCAAUUUGUAGUGGCUCUGUAGUGAGUUUCUGAAGCACCUGAGCAUUAAGUCACUCGAUAACCCAAGAUUUUUUUUUUUUUUUUUUUUUUGUACAAACUGGGCCACUGGGAAAGGGAGUCUUGUUAGAUAGUUUGAAUGUAUUAUAAUGGCCAGUAUUGUGUGUAUAUUAGAAUCCAAGAAUAACGCUUUGUAGAGCAGAAGAUGCUUCCAAGUUGGCAGCAUUUGGGUUCCAAGCUGGGAUCCAGUUUCAGAAACUACUCUGUAUUAAUCUGUCUGAUUGGUGACCCAGCACUACCCCCCUGAAACUCAACAAACCCCUCCAUAACAAACAUGCUAAGUAAUGAGGAGUUCAUUUGUAUCUGGUAAUUGCAAUUUUCCUGUGAAAUGAGUCCUGCUUCUCGGACGUUUAGACUUGUGUGAGCGUGUGCCAAGUUUUUCUCUUUGUAUCUUUAACAGUGGCUAUACCACAUUUCCACGCUAGGUGGUACUGCUGAGCUGUGUAGAGGUAGUGGGCUUACAAAAUGCCUACGCUUUCUAUAGAAAUGAAACGUUAUCCAAUCGAAUCUGUAGUUGUAUGUGUUGAUCUGUAAAUAUUUCAGUGGGAAACUGAUACUUGCCUUCUGCAGAGUACUGUUAACAUGGGAUUUCUGAGACCUUCCUUUAAGUGUCCCCUUUGUUCUUUAUUAUGUUUGCAACGAUUUUGAGUGGGAUUAAUUGCAGUAUCGCAAUAUUCUAAUUUUGUGCUAAGGUUUUUUAUUUUUUUUUUAUUUAGAGUGCCCAAUUAUUUUACCCCCCAGUGUAGAAUGUCCAAUUAUUAUU